UUUCCUUAUGUUAGUUUAGUUUAGUUUAAAUGAUGUUGAUGAAAGCUUUCCCUUUUACUUAGUUUUGUGCCUGUAACUUGGCUAUUUCAUUUGAAUAUGAUGUUGAGUUUAUUGGUGGAUGAACCCAUUCGUUUGAUUUAUGGACAGUUUUUAUGUUCAUCAAUCUGUAUUCUUGGAGUCUGUUGAUACCUCUUGGAGGCUAGAGGCUUGUGGCCACAUUAACUCUGCUGCUUACCCCCUCCUUACACUGUUAAACAUGCUAGAGAUUGAGCCAUAUAGGAAGGCUGAUUUCACCCCUGAGGAAAUGAAGGCUCGGAAGCGGAUUCUUAAACUUGAUUCAGAUGAAGCUUCAGUUUUGCCUGUUAAUAAGCGAAGAAAAGGCAUCAGUGAGCCACUUCCUGAGCCAAAUAAGAAUGAACAAGCUCUUUCAGAGUCAGCUUUGAAUAAACUUGUUGGAGCUGCUGAAGUCUUUGACUUAGAGGAGAAAAAAGCACCAACAACCCUGAUGUGUAGUCUAAAGCCUUACCAGAGUCAAGCUCUGUAUUGGAUGACAGAAAUUGAGAAGGGAGCUGAUGAUGAAAAUGCUGAUAGAAAUCUACAUCCUUGCUGGUCAGCCUACAAUAUAUGCAAUGGAAGGACAAUUUAUGUGAACAUAUUUACUGGGGAGGCGGCAAAGAAAUUUCCACAAGCAACACAGAGAGCAAGAGGAGGAAUUCUGGCGGAUGCAAUGGGACUUGGAAAGACUGUUAUGACAAUUGCUUUGAUUCUAAGUAAUCCAGGCAGGGUGAAGUCAGAAGACAGUAACGUAGAGAGCCUAUAUGACAACAUUUUCUCAACUAAGAGGAGGAAUAUUAACAAUGUAGAGGGUGGCACUCUGAUUGUUUGUCCCAUGGCAUUAUUGGGUCAGUGGAAGGACGAGCUUGAAACACAUUCAAAAUCAGGCAGCAUAUCCAUAUUUGUUCAUUAUGGUGGGGGUAGAACUGAUAAUGUUGAUUUGUUGUUAGAGUACGACGUUGUCUUGACAACAUAUGGUGUCCUAUCAGCUUCAUAUAAAAGUGAUGGAGAGAAUAGCAUCUACCACAGGGUCCAAUGGUUCAGAGUGGUACUAGACGAAGCUCACCAUAUUAAAGCCCAUAAAAGUCAGGUUGCCCAGGCUACUAUUGCCCUGUCCUCACACUGUCGCUGGUGUCUAACUGGAACACCGCUUCAGAAUAGUUUGGAGGAUCUAUUCAGUCUCCUGUCUUUCCUGCGCGUUGAACCUUGGUGCAGCUGGCAGUGGUGGACUAAGUUGAUUCAAAAGCCCUAUGAGCAGGGUGAUCAAAGAGCCCUGAAAUUGGUCAAGGGAAUUUUGAGGACCUUGAUGUUAAGAAGAACCAAGGAAACAAAGGAUAAAGAAGGAAGGCCUAUACUUGUCUUGCCACCAACUGAUAUUCAAUUGAUUGAGUGUGAACAGUCAGAAUCUGAACGGGACUUCUAUGAUGCUCUCUUCCUGAGAUCUAAAAAACUUGUUUCACAAUUGUCAUCUUUUCAUAAAGUGGUAGUUUUGGAAACUGUAAUUUCCCUCUAA